CAUGGCUCUCUCUCACCACGUGCAUGGUCAUAAGGGAAUGACCUGAAUGAGACCUUUAUCGGCAACGACGUCACGAGAAAACAGAAGGGUUAUGCGGGGCUCGAAUUAGCUAGUUAGUCAGCGGCUACCUGAUCACCUCACCUCCAUGCAUGGACGACUCGAUCACAAAAGACUCAGUUAGGUCAGUUGACUAAGACGAAAUCCCACGAACACCUACCUGUGAACAUGCACUCGAUGACAGCCAUCUCAUUGCAAAGGCGGCAGACACACCAGCUUUGCAUUCAUCUCCUCUGCUGCAUGGACUAUGAAAUGCAGCCAACCAGCCCGCCGGCCCGCCACCCACUAAUUACUCAUACACGCACUUCAUUGGCUCAGGCAGCUGUUCUCCUCGACUCGACCCUUCCCCCUCUCUGACAACUGACCCGCCUCAUCUGCCCGCCUCUCUCUCCACCACCCACUGAGUCAGUGAGUCAGUCAGUUGAUGCCGAGCGACACCCACUGGCCCCGCUCGUCGAUGCGGCCCAGCUGCGGCCACCCACCGACCUCACAGUCGGCUUUGCCCAUGAAGCCCUUUUUGAUGGCCCCCUCCUCUAUGCCGUGUCGGGCCGCCUCGUCCAGCCGGGCCCUGUGGACCACCUCACGGAGCCCCAGCUGCCUAUGACCACCAUGCUGCCCUCCGUUGACAGCAAAGCACUGCAGCGGGGGCACGAUCACCUUGACGCGCUUGUUGCCCUGCUGCAGGUGCCUCGUCCCGCCCACCACCUCCCUGCUGCUGCUGGCCUCGAACACAGCCGACUUGACGAAGUGCUGCGCCGCUGCCGUCACGCGACGGGCGAGUGUGCUGUUGCGGAUGCCGAUGCUGCCGCUGAUGGCCUCACUGGCGGCGUCUUGGUCGAAGCACAUCGCGGCGAUCUUCCAGCCGAUGGCCUCUGCCUCGUGUGGGCCAUAGCCAGGGGGGGCGGCGGGCGGAUUGGCAGGAAGGGUGCCAGUGUGAGGGGGCUCCAUCAGGUGGGGGAGGAGGGUGGGGAGGGAUUUGAUCAGGAAGGCAGCCAGGCCACGAUGAGGCCGCAGGGCGGCAUUCACCGCUGCCAUUGCCCCAGUGGGCAGCUCGUUGAGCACUGUUGUGUACUGGGGCAGCACCAGCUGGCGGAAAUCGAUGUUGUUCGCUUCGGUGGCUGUGGGCAAGCGGCUGAUGUCCGCCCCUGCCUUGAGCAACUCGCGGAUGGUCUCCUCCGCAGCGAAAGCUGCUGGGUUUUCGUCGUCGUUGUCGUCUUGCGCCGGAAGGCAUCCAUGAAGACAAUCAGCGGCCAGAGCAAGGGGGGUCCACUUGCGGUCCAUCUGGUGUGGGGCGCCCAUCUCCUCUCUGUUGACGUCCGCCCCCUUCAGAUGGCGAGAGAGAGAAUCAGCGAAGCGGGGCGAGCCGGUCAUUGCCGCCUGAUGCAGAGGCGUCCAUCCGCGGUGAUCCGCCCAUGUCACCUGUGCCCCAUGCUGCACCAGCAGGUCGACGUAUGAGUUGAAGAACGCCGGGGAGAAUUCAUCGCCGCUGCGGGCCGCGGCAUGCAGAAGGCCUUCUUCGGCCGCGAGAGUGGAGUCAUGAUCGAUGAGCCGCUGGUAGGUCGACAGCAGCCAGGCCUCGUUGGCCUCCGUCGGCUGAUCCGUCGACAACGUCCGCGGCACCCCCAUGACCCGCCGCCCCCUCAGUUGCAGCCCUGACAGCAGGUGAUCCAGAGAGACAGACGUGCAGACAAGACAUACAUUCUGCUGUGUGAUGCGUGUGUGCUGCGAAUGAAUGCGUACCUGCCUGGCCCAUGAGCAGGUUGAGGGCCAUGUCGUUGCCCGAUGCGAUGGCGACCUCUAUGGGGGUGGAAGUGGCGGACGUGUGCUCAUCCUCGGGAUCGACCAGGCCUCUCGAGUUGACAUCCGCACCUCCCACGAUGAGGGCGCGCAUGACGGCCUCCUGGACCUCGGGGGUGGGCCACGUCGACAAGGCGAUCGGAGCCUCGUCAGUCGUCCCACCCUUCGCCCAGACGGAAGGCACGCCCCCAUUGGUCAUGUUGUCGAUGACGAGCGUCAGUGGCGAGUAGGCGUGUACAGUGCCUGCCUCGCUGCCCCGCAGCUCCAGCUCACGCAGCGAACUCGGGUCGGCUCCAUGUUGGAUCAGCUGCGUGACCUGCGCCCCACUCUUGAUGGUUCGGCGGAUGAUGCCCUCGAACAGCCGGACGGUGGGAUCGUUGGGGCGUUGGUGGUUGUAGAUGACUUGGUUGUCUUCCACCCAGGUCAUGUCGACGACAUCCGACGACAUCCAGCCACGGGGCAGAGCUCCGCCCGGUGAAGAGGCUGUUGGGCCCUCUUCGGCCGGCAAAGAUGCGGCUCCCUCCAUCAUGCUCUCACCCACUGCAGGCCACACACACGACAGACAGACAGACAGACAGACAGACACAUCCACACCCAACAGACAGCCAGUCAUUGGAUCAGUGAGUGCCGUACUGACCGGGUUCCCUUGUCCUCUGCUUACCGAGGCCGCUGCAGUGCGCGUGAGGAUGAAUUGUCCCCUGGAUCUCAGCCGCAGUACUGUACCAGCCGCAGCAACAAGGACGACAACACCACUAUCCCACACGCACGCACGGAAUGGGACGCCUGGUGCAACACAACCGACACGCUCAUAUGGAGGCGCAACACGUUCUUCUGAGUGUGCUUACCCGCUCAGGAAGAUAUGGUGGGCGCACCGAUCUUCCGUCGGUGUGUCUGAGGCGCUGACACCGACGGAAACGGUGCUGCUGCUGCAGUGCUGCCUGUUGAUGGUCUCCGGUGCUUUCCUCGCCGCCGAAAAGUAAAAAGGAACAAAGUAGGCGGCAAAGCAGGCGGCAGAAGAUGCUUUGUUCAAAGCCCUCGGACCAGCCGUUGCACCUUUUGCUUCGUCCAAUUUUGCUCUUUUCCUCCCGCUGAGCUUGCAACUUCUCGGCUUGCAAAUGGUCUCCGCCAU